AUUAUUUUUAUAGAUUUUUUUUUUCCCGUGGUCAACGAUUGUUAGCGAAAUUGUUUUGUUUUUUUAGUUUAAGUUGUUAUUAUUUAAUUUUAGAAAUACAUAUUGGUGAUAAAUUAGUUUUAAAUUAUUAAUAACUUUUGUUUAUGCCCGUAUUGUAUUGUUUUAAUUCGUUGUUUAUCCUGAUAGCAUUACGAGUAACUGAGUAAGUGCUAUGGAUUGUUUUGUCCCAUUCUUGCUUCCUGCUAUGUCACAAGUUCAAUAUUAUUAAGUCGCAAAAUAACCGGGCACAUUUUAACUGUGACUCAAGCCAAAUCCAUGAACCUUGAAUUUCGUUUUCAAAUGAAUAAUAUUUUUUAACAAGAAUGUAAUAUUACACAAAGAUAACUUUUUAUUUAUUAUUAUUAUUUUUUUAAAUUUCAGUGUUAUGCUUACAAGCUUUGGAAAUAAAACCAUAUAAAUCAUUUACAUUUGUAAUUGGAAGAUUCAAACUCAAUAAUGACCUCUCAAAUCACAUCUAAAUGGUCUUGUGAUGUCUGCACCUACGAUAAUUAUCAAUCAUCACUCAAAUGUGUCAUGUGUAGGACAUCCAAACGGCAGUCUUCUCAAGCUCAGGACAUAUACAGUCUUAGAGAUGAACUUCCUGUUGAACCUCAACCAAAAUUAAUCGAAGGUAAAAUUAAUUUGUAUGAUUAUAAUCAAAUAUUAAUUAAUCAUUAUUGUAAAUUUAGCGUCUGGUGAAAUUGAUAACUGUGAUAAAAUAAUAGACAACAAUUUAUUUGGUGAACUUAAUGAACAAUUCAACAACGAUUUAAAGAUUAAUGAUAGAUCUAAUUCACCUGAAAAUGAGGAGGCUUCAUCUAGCUUAGAAGCACAUGCACUAACUAAAUGGACUUGUAUGGCUUGUACAUAUCAAAAUUGGCCUAAAAGUUCGAAGUGCAUUAUGUGUGGUAAGAAUUUAUUUUACAAUAAUUCUAAAAACAUAGUAGCGUUUAUAAUCAACUGUAAAUAUGUUGGAAUUUGCCCCAUCCCCCAAUGAAUCUCAUUUAUUUAUGCACAUUGGCAAUAUUGUAUAUACAUUUGUUUAGUUAAUUGCUUGAUUCAAAGCACGGUAAGAGAUCUAUUGACUUACUAUGAUGUGAUUUUAUUUUCUGUCUGUAAACAACUUUUGGAAUAAAAAACUUGCUCCAAUCAAAAAAUGCAUAGAUCAUUUUUUUAAAUUUUUUGAUCUAGUUAUGAUCUAGUUUUGAUCUAGUGCAUUAGAAAUGUCAUUUUUUGAUUUUCAAAAUAAUUUGGAAAACCCGAAACAAAAUUAUACGAAAAACCGCACCACAGCUUUAUUGAUUUUAUUGUUCUUAAUUUCAUUCACUGUUUUCUACUAGGAAUAUUGUUAGAAUGGAAAAUUGACAAGUUACCUUCAAAAGUAGUUUUUGAAUUUUCUGUGUAGUCUUUUUGAAUAACUGAACAAAACUCAAAAAUUCACUAAUAUUAUUUUCAGUUUUUUUUAUUUUUGUAAUUUAGUUAAAAGUAUUUGUAAACUUGAAAUUUUGUUAGAAAAUUUGUGUAACAUUUUAGCAAUUUUUGAGCUGUUUAUAGGUAUUUUAUGUUUACAAGUUGUAUUUAGUAGGUAAUAUGUGAAUAUAUUUGUUUGACCAAAUAGAAAUUCUUGACAAUUUAACAAAAGGUUCAUCUAUAAGUUGUAUUUAAUAAUAAAAUAAUAUAAGUUGAGUAUAAUAUAGUAUCUAGUUGUUUUUAUAUUCUGAAUGGAGCAAAAAAUGUAUUGGUUUUACAAAGAUGUUGUAUUUUUUUUAAUGCGAACACUUUCUAUCAGAAAGCUUACUUCCAUGUAUACAAUGUAGAUCCUUUUCUAAAAGGAAAUUUUCUGGGUGUGGUACUUUGGGGAGGUAAUUUUUUGAUUUUCUCUUCAAAUGUGAAAAAACGAAAAAAAAAAAACUGGAUAAAACGUAUAAUAUUAAAGAAAAUAUAUAAUGCAUAUUAUGCAUUAUGUAAUUAUUUUACCAUAGUAUGAAAUAUAUAUUGUUGACAAAACAACACUAUUAACUGAACUCUACUCAGAAUUUUUUUUAUUCAUUAGCAAUGGUUAAUUUUUGUGUACAGAUAUUCAUUUAAAUUUCCCCUCCACUACUUUUCUAACUCCUCACCUACAACAAUGGCCGACCCACAUGUAAAGUAUGUCUGUCUAUUUAUUAAUGGUUCUGAAAGAUGCAUGUCAGCACAUGGCUGCACUCAUCCCCAGUAUUUGCUCUUUUUUUUAUUUUAAUAAUGUGUAAUGCUUACUGUUAAUUAUUAUUUUUUGAUAAAACCAGUGCUAUUUAAUUUUUUCUAAAAUGGGUAGCUACAUGCAAAUUUAUCAUGGAAUAAAGAUAUUGAGUAUUGAAAUAUUAGACAACACCACAAGCUUUAUCCCACUAUCAUAAAUUGUUUAUGUAUUUUUGUGCCAAGUUCAUUUUAAAUACAUUUUUACCAUAUUUGCACUAAGAUUUAUAUAUUUAUAUUAUACAAUGUUUUUUAAAGUACCAAUAUGCUUAACAGGAACAAGAGGAUCCCGUAAAAUGUCUCCAUCACCUGAUCACUCUACAAGUGAACCUCCAACUGUUGUUAUAAAACAUGUUAAAUCACCUGAAAAAGAACUAGCAGCAACAAUUAAUACAGAUUCAAAUAUUUGUACAUUGAAAAGGUUAGUUUUUUUAUUCAACUUUGAUUUUUGAUAAUAGUAAAUAAUUUGGUUACAUUGUUACACAUUUUUUAUAAUAUACCUAAUGUAUAUUAUUAUAAACUAGUUGUCUCUUCCGGUGAUGCUCAUGAACAUUUUUAUUUUAUUUUUACCUGAAUUCUGUUUUGGUUUUGACCGUGUCAGUAUUGAAUGAAAACAAAUAGGUGGAAAGUGGAUAAUCCACAUUCGGUGUUGUGACAUUUUUUCAUGAUUUUCAUAUCAAAAAUAUCUUAACACUAAAUUUUGGUGUGAUAUAUUUCAAAAGAAAUGAAGCCUUACUUACCAUAUCGGGAUAGCGAGAGAGCAAGUGUACCAUUUUACCAAUAGUCAUUGCCUGUAUAUGGCAUAGUGUUCCUUUUAUACCUUUUUGAGCAUAUUUGCUGACAAUUUAUAAUAAUUUAAAUAAAAUGUAUUAAUUAUUAAUUUAUAUGUAUGUAUAAAAAUGAAUCUAUAUUUUGUUUGUGACACCAUAACUUAAAUAUCUUCUAACUUUUCCAAUAGAUUUUCCAAAUAUUUUCUUUGAUACAAACCUUUAUUUUUAUCAUAAAUUUGUUUUUGUUAUGGAUACAUGUGACAACAGAACUAAACUUCAAUUAUCAAAUUAUUUUUGUUGAUUUAUAGGUUACAUUGAUGAUACAAUUGAAAUAAAAAAAAUAUUGAGAUUUACAUACAAAAAUAUUAUCCAAAUUGACAACUUUUACAAAACUUUUUUUGACUAUUAGGAACACACAAAAAAAAAAUCAGCUAUUCUAUCCAUCUGUGUUCAAGUUAUAGCGUCCUACAAAAUAUUAAUUUAUUUAUAUAUAUACAUAUAUAUAUAUAUAUAGACUAUUUAAAACAUUCAAGCAUUUUAAGUUUAAAUGAAUCAAAGUUUAAACAAUGUAGGUGAAAUAUAACAGUCAGGUUUUGAUUACAUUUAUUGUCAAAUAAUACAUUACAGGUUCAUUGUAUAUAAAACUGGGCAAUCUAUUCAACUAUAAUAAUUGAGCCAAGUUUAUUAUCUUGAUUAAGUAUGUUUAAAAUUUAAUAAAAAAAUUAAUUAAUUAUUCAUGUUAAAAUUUUUAUUUUAAUAUAAAGAUAUAUUUUGAUGUUUUUUCAUAAAGUUUGACUCUCUUUUCGCUAGUUUGAAGAUUUAUGACUUAUUAAAUUCAACAAUUCAUAACUGUGAUUCUCAUUUAACACAUUGGCGGACACUUGUAAUAUAAUUUUUACUGUUAUAUUAUUAGUGUUGUGCCUGCAUCUGAAAUCUAUGUAAUUUAUCAGUGUAGACUGCUGUAAUGUGGCAGUCCACUGUCUUCUAUAAUUUGAUACCAUUGAAAAGAUUACUACUUUCAGUAAGGUUAUGAAUAUAUUUUUUUCUUUUGUAGCUAUAUAGUAGCUUAUAUGUGGGUUAUUGAUAAUUCAGAUAACUGUUUAAUGCAAAAGCCAAUUUUAGUUUAUAAAAAAUUAAUAUUGUUUUAUUAUAGAUCUUCAUCAAGACGUCGUUUAGAUGACAUCAAUAGUAAUUAUGAUCGAGCCUGGCUAGCUGCAUGUGUAGGUGUAGUUCAAGGUGAUUGGAGCCCUAUUGCUGCUUAUUUACAAGCAGGUGGUGAUCCAACCAGGUCAUUGACACCGACAGAAGUUGCACUUCUUAAUAGACCAUCAGCGUUUGAUACUGGACACACAUUAGUUCAUCUUGCUGUUAGGUACAGUGUAACUAUUUUCUAAUGACAUUGUUGAAGUUUUUUUUUAUACAUUUCAUGACUGAUUAUAUAUAAAUAAAUUAUAAUGUAGGUAUAUGGUUGUUUAUUAAUUACCGGUAGGUAUAAAAUUUAAUUUAAUUGUUUACAUACACAUUUUUCAAACUUUUUUUUCUUAUAUAUUAUAUUAUAAAUAUUAAAUAAUAUUCCCUUCGAUGUCGUUUUUUUUUUUUUUUUUGCUGAGAGUCUAGAAAAUGUUUGUUAUCUAUAUCUUAGAUUAUUUAUCUUAUCUUAGUUUGUUAUCUAUUUGUAUACUUAUAGAUAUCGCACAUAUACUAUUUACAAUUUAGAAAUAAGAGUCAUCUUUUAUUAUGAUCCUUAAGAUUAGAUAAAUAAAUCUAGUCUUGACCCUCAUUGUAAAUAGACUUAUAUUCUGAUUGAAAUUUAGAAUGUAAUUUUAAAACAUUAUUAAUUUAUUACAUUAAACAUAUUUUAUAUUAAAAUUUUCAACUAUUUAUAGCAUAAAAUAAGUUAAAACAUUUUUUUUUCUUUUUAGAUUUCACCGGGAAGAAAUUCUAGCCAAUGUUUUGAAUCAAAUCAAUGCCACUAGUAGUUCAACAACUGUAAAACGAGUACCUUCUCACAUUGCUCAUCAACUUGCUGAUGAGAUAGGAAAACAUUUCCUUUCAACAAUACGUGUACGAAAAUCCCUAAUGCCUUGUCCAUUUGUUACAGAAUUUGCAACAUUUUCCUUACCCUAUGGUAAAUUAAUUUCACAAAACUCAUUACAACUUUAUUAUAUUAUUGUAUGCUAUAUUUUAACAUUGUUUAUAGAAAUUGAAGAACUCCCAAGACCAGUUCAAAGACAACUACUUGAUGAGUUACUUGACCGCAAUGUUCAACAUGAAUUAGAAAUUGAAGAAGUGCCUCCUGUGGUUAAUUGGUCACCUGAAGUUUGUGAUGGACUGUGUUCUAGACUGUAUGCAUUAUGGAAUCGUUCAGCGGGUGACUGUUUGCUGGAUUCCCUAAUGCAAUCAACCUGGGGUAUUUUUGAUAAAGAUAAUAUACUAAGAAAAGCCUUAGCCGAUUGUUUACACGAAAGCCACAUGGUGUGAGUAUCUAAUUAAUUAGUUAUAAUAUAUAUUAUUGUACUUUUAUGUUCUAAUAUAAAAUUCAAUUAGAUUUUAUCCAAGAUGGAAAGAAUAUGAAGCAUGGCAAGCCAAAAAGUUAGAAUUUUGUUUAGACGAAUAUCAAUGGGCUGAAGAUUGGGCUGCAUUAGUAUCGCAAGCUGAAAGGCCCGGAUCAAGCUUAGCUCAACUUCAUGUAUUUGCAUUAGCUCAUGUCAUGCGUAGACCAAUUAUUGUAUAUGCUGUUAAAUAUGUGAAAAACUUCCGUGGUGAUCGUUUAGGUUACACAAAUUUUGAAGGUAUAAAUAAAUUUAUAAAAUAUAUUUAAAGAUAAAUAUUUAAAAUAUCAAACUGUGAUUUCAAACAAACAAAUAAUAUUUAUUAUUUAUUAAAUUGUACUGUAUGUUAAUGUUGUUAUUUAUGUGCAAUGUUAGUCUGUAUUUGUAUGGAUAUUAUAGAUAAUAUAAUUUAUGAUGAAAGUUCAUACCUACAUAGUAAUGUAUCUAAUUACUGAUUGUAUCAUUUUAAAUUUUUAUUAGGAGUUUACUUGCCACUUUUAUGGGAACCAAGUUUUUGUAUAAAGUCUCCAAUAACCUUAGCUUACACUCGUGGACAUUUUUCUUCGCUGGUUCCUGUCGAACCAUUACCGCGGGGAAAAAGUACUACAUAUUUACCACUUGUUGAUCACGAUCAUAAAUUAUUACCGAUACAUUUUGUUACCAAAUCAGAAGUAAAAAUUUUAAAUAUAACAUUUUGUCAACAUAGUUCUAAUCAUUUUUUGUUUCACAGAUGGGACACGAAGAGGAUAUUUUAAAAUUAUGGUUAGAUGUUUGUCUAACAGAUAAUGGGAUGUUGUUAGCGCGACAACGUCUACACAAAAGACCCUUGUUGGUUGCUCAAAUGCUUGAAGAAUGGUUAAACUAUUACAGAAAGCAAGCGUAAGGAUAACUUAGAAAUAUAAUUUAUAAGUACUUAUAUGUAAUAUAAACAUGUUGUCUUUAGUCAAAUGACAAUCACACCAUUUUCUUCGCGACCUAUUUCAAUACAAGAUUUUUCAAGUGAAGGAGAGUCUGAACAAGAAUAGUAUAACGUUUUGCCAGUGUAGUGAGUUUCCUAUAUCUAAUAGUUCAUUAUGUACAAAUAAAUCUUUAAAUCUCAAUACUUUUAUUAUUAAAAAUGCUUAUCACUUAGAUUUUUUUUAUGAAAAUCAUAUUACAAAUUUUUGUUUAUAUUUUAUUGUGUACCUUUACAGAGUUCCAAUAAAUUAUCUACAUUUAUUUGAGCUGCUCUAUUAUUUUAUUUAAGGUAUACAAGAUUAUUCUUUAAGAACUUUCUCAUAUUACUUUCAUCUAAAUAUUACACUCAAAAUUGUUUAUUAGUAAAUAUAAGAUGAAUUAUUAUUAUAAACUUAAAGAAUUAAGUUAUGUUAAAACUGCUAAAAUCCUGGAGAUUUCUUUUCAUAAUAAAUUAUUAGUUUAAAAAUUUAUAUUAUUAUUAUUAUAUUGUAAAAGAUAUUAAUACAAAUAUAUAUAUAUAUAUAGGUUAGGUAUAUUUUUAUAGUAUGAGGUGCAUGUAACUAUCACAUUUAAUAAUUACAAAAUGGUAUAUUAUUAUAUUAAUAAUAAAUAUUUUGUGAUAAUUUGAUUUAUAUGAUAAUGUAAUGUAUAAAUUGUGUGUUUUUAUACAUUUUGAAAAUGUGUUUAUUGCAAUCUGAAAACUGAUUUUCUCAAUUUGCUUGUGUUUCUAUUAUAAGAGUAUUAUUUAAAUCAAAAAAUUUAAAUAUUAUUUUAUUCAAAUCUUUAAUGACAUUUAGAGUUUUCAAACAACCUAUUCUAAUUCUAGUCAAGUUAUUCUUAUUAUGUUUUCUCUUAUUAUUUGUAUUGCCAACACAAUAACAUAUAAGACUUAAGUAGCAGAAUAUUCUUAACUUUGAUUCUGUUUAUAAUUUGUAUUACAAAAUAUGUUUUUUUAUGAACAGAAAACCUAUUUUAUUAAUAAUUAUAGGUCCACAAUAUUAUUUAAAUUUUUGUUUUAUUUAUAAUUUAUUAUAUUUUAAUUUUUAAGUAAACAAAUAUAAAUAAAAUUUAAUGAGAAUUGUGAUAAUUGCUGUGUUUGAUUUAUACUGGAAGAUACAAUAUUUCCGACUUCACUUUAUUCCAAAUUAUAUCAAGCACUGCCAGUUAAUUCAAUUUGUAUAUAUACCAAUUUAUAGUAAUAUAUGCCAUUUUGUUUUCAAAUUAUAUUUUCUAUGUAAAUUAAAUAAGUCAAAAUUACACUUGUCGUAUUUUAAAUACCUAUGUAAUUUUAGCUCAAACAUGAUUUAGUUUCUAUAAUGUAUAAUAGCUGGACUACAUUAUAUUUAAUUAUUAUCAAUAUGGAUUAUUAUUGCAAUCAUUCAUGUAAUUAUGUGAAACAAAAAUGUUUAAAAUAACUUAGACUGUUCAUCAAUUAUACCAAAUAUAAAAUUUAAAUUAUUUGUACUAUAAUUAUUAUUUGAGUUAAAUGGCUAAGGAAAUGUAUUUGCCUGUUAUUGUUGAGUUAUUAUUUUGAUAUGCUGAUUUGUUAGAUUUAAUGGACAUACAAUUGUCAAAAUAUUACGGAUUACAUAUACAUUGCUACUAUAAAAAUUAUCAUAUUCGGAAUUGCAAUGUGUGUCUAUUGACAAAUUUGGAUUUAUGAAUAAAUUAGCAUACAUAAUACUCAGUAAUUGUGUAACGCUAUGGCGUGUGAUAUAAAUGUAAACAAUAAUUACGUAUAAUAAACUAGAAUAUAAGAUUGAUUUAUAAUAAUUUAUCAUUACUGAAGGCUGUUGAUGAUCAUUAAAAUGAUAGAAUUAUUUAAUUAUAAUAUUUAAAUUAUUCAUCAAUUUAAAAUAAAUAUACUUCUUUCCUGAAUAAUGAAUACAUUAUUUAUUAUUUUAAUUACUAUCCAAAUACAUACAAAUUAUAAAAAAAUAUAACAAAUCAUUUUAUUAUGUAAUUAAUUAAAAACAAAUGUUUAAUUAAUUAUCAGGAUUCUGCAGCCUUUUUAUAAUUAUUAUUUAUUAUAGAUUCAAAAAGAAAUAUAUAUUUUUAAAAUGUCUCCAUAAUAUAUGAAGUUGUUUAGAUUGUAUGGUAAUAUUAUUUAGUAAUCACAUUCAAAAUGGUAUAAUGUGUAUAAAUCCCUUUUGCUUUAACAUAGUCAAUAAAUAUUUACUAUUUUUUUUAGUUAAAUAAAUAUUUUGUUAAAUAUACAUAAAUGUAUAUAUAUUUAAAUUUUGGGUUAGAGUUAUUGAUGACAAUUUUCACGGAAUGACUAGUUGGGUUUUGUUGAUAUUGUAUUUUUAUUUUGUUGUAAUAAAACAGAAUGUCAAAUGUUUAUAAAA